AUGGAAGCGGACCGUCGAUGCCAUGUGGGGAUACAAAACAGGGGCCAUCCUAUAGCAAAGUGGUACAAGGGGAGGGGAGGGGGGGCGAAGGGGAUUCAAGGCCGGGGCCAAGGGGGCGCGAGGAGCAGGAGUAUCGAGGGUAUGGGCCGUGGAAGCGAAGAGAGAGUGGACAACGAUGAGGGGGUGGACGAUGCGAGGAGGGGGGUGGAAGGCGAAGAGGGAAAGGAGGGUAGGGAUCCAGGCAACCCCGAUCCGUUAGCUUCAGAUGGCCGAACUGCGAACGCGCGCAAGAACCACAUGACUGCGGGGCAAAGGAAAACGACGAUCAUUGUCAUGAAAUCCGGGGGAUCAGGGGAUCAGGGGAUCAAAGACGUGGAUGAUCAUGCAGAAGAUGCGUGCGUAGUGCUGUUCGAACGUAGGGUCGGCGGCCUACAAGGGCAUCUUCGGAGGAAGACCUCAGUGAUGCCGACAGGGAAGAUGAUGAUCAGGGACGAGAAGGGUGCAAGCAUACAGGCCAGGAUCAACUGUGAUGGUGGUGAGGGUGAGGGAAAAGAUGACAGCGCUGGCCUCCCCCGCGACGAACGCGGUGCGACGGGUGGGAUUUCAGAUUUCAUUGCCAGUGCAAGUGCAAGUGACAAGGAAGGGCACCUUCUUGCUGCGAGCCUGGUGAGCGACUGA